AUGUCAUCAAAUAAUACAACAAUUGGAUAUGAAGAAAUGAUAGGAAAGCAAGUAGUUUGUUAUGGAUUACCGUUUGGAACAUUCGGUUUUGUCUGUUGGACCUUAUCAUUUAUUUCCAGUUUAUUAUUAUAUUGCAAUUUUCCUUUGUUUUCACCAUGGAAAUGGGGUAAACCGUAUCAAUCCCAAACUCUGUUGUGGGCAUUCAUCUCGGCUGCUCUGACAAUCGGACCAAACAUUUAUACAUGUGUUCAAUGUAAAGGAUAUUGGCCACUAACUGUUAUAGCAAUUGGGCAACUUUCUCCAUGGAGUUUCAAAAUGUUUAACGAUGGUAUGGCAAGUAUGUUGAUAAGUAAAAUUAAUGAAGGUAAAAUUAAUGAAAAUCCUAAAUCUAAUACCAAUCGGGAUAUUUUUUAUUCGAUUUUUGGUGGAAUAUUAUCAUGUCUGCUGGGUACUGCUGGUUGGGUAGGAAUGACAGCAUUAAUUAUUAGGUUAAUGCAUACAUCAAUUGUAGUUAGUAAAUGGAUAUGGUUGGUAUACUUAAUUCCAAUCGUUUUUGUCAUAAUAGUAAAGUUAUGUAACGGUAGUGGUUCAGUCCUUUUAGCUGUAUUUCUGUAUUUUUCUUCGACAACUCAUAUAAUAGGAUCACAUAUAAUUCUUUCUGAAAUUUCAGGUAAUUGGGGUGGAUUUCCCGUUGCAAAAGGCGCAUUA